AUGAGACUGCUGAAGAUUCUUCCAGCCUCUGACACUGAACCAGACAACCUUCGCGCAGAGGUGAUUCUCUGCUUGCGCAAAGAAGCACCGCCAUACAAACCUUUGUCCUACACCUGGGGCCAGCAAGACGCGUCAUGUUCAAUCUGGCUGAGAGAUACUGAAGAUUCUGUCUGGAAGCCAUUCUCGAUCAGACCGAACCUCGAGUCGUGCCUCAAGCAGCUUCGGGAAGAAGUUCAGGAAGCGCAGGUCUUGUGGGUCGAUGCAACAUGCAUCAAUCAAUUGAACAAUGUUGAAAAGGGUCAUCAGGUCGGAACAAUAGAUUUGGUGUACAGGUCGCAAAGACUCAUUAUAUGGCUAGGGGACUCAUCGGAUAACAGCGAUCUCGCCAUCGACCUUGGUCCCCUUAUGUUGUCCAUGCAAAACGGACAAGGAAUUGUGGCCCGGUUUCUGGAAAAUCAAACAGAUGAAACAUGGGCGGCAUUGAUUGACCUGAUCAAACGGCCUUGGUUCACGCGGCGCUGGGUC